UGCCUGUGGUUGUGUCACUUCAAGAAGUAUCGGGAUACAUUGGUGGUACUGUUAUCCUGCCCUCUGGUGCUGACCCAUCAUGGAAUCUAUCAAGAAUUGAUUGGGCAUUAUCUAGCAACAAAACCUUCAUCGCUACUUAUCGUAGUCAGAUAACAAACAUUGAUCGUUUUCCAGCAUUUAAAGGGAGACUCACACUUAACCAAAUCUCAGGUGACAUGACGAUCCAUAAUUUGAGGCAAGAAGAUGAAACGAACUACACUGUAUACCUCUACAACAUAAAGAAGGAAAACAAAGUGAACGACAUUAGAUUAAAAGUGAAACAGCACCUUCAGAAACCAACCAUAAAGCAGAUUCACAACGCAGCAACAGAAAACGGCUGUUUAAUGUUGCUCUUUUGCUCUUCUCAAGAUCAAGAUGUUGAUUUCUCCUGGAAAGUGACGCCUCAUAAUUUGAAUAACUGGGUCAACACAAAGGGAGGUCCGUCACAACUUUUUGUCCAUGUUAACACACAAGGUUCUGUUGAAUUUGCCUGCACAUCCAGCAGGAAAAUGGAGAAUACUUCAAAGGUUUUCUCUUCUAAGUGUAAUGUUGCAGGUAAAGAGCCUUCAUGCAGAAACAGAUGGGGAGCUGGUGUUUCCUGUUUCUUCGUAGUGGGUCUUGCUGUUUUCCUAGCAUUCCUGAGUUAUUAUCUGACAGAAAAACUGUAUCCGCCAGAAAACUGAAAAYCAAAAGG